CAGGUUUUCCCUUCCAAAAUGUCUUUCCGAGCUCUGGUUUUGUGCUUGGCUUGCGCUGAGCUUGGAAAGGCAAAUGUGGUGCCCCAGGCUGAACACAGACACGUGAAGGUGGGUGACAGCGUGACUCUCGGCUGUGUCCUGACAGAAUCCAAGGAUGUUCUGCAGGUGACGUGGCAAAAGGACUCUGAAAAAUCACAUGAUAACAUAGCUACGUACAGCAUUGCAAAAGGAUUAAAGAUUCACGAGCCCUAUCAAAACCGAAUGAAUUUCACAAGUCUUGUACUCAAUGAGACGAACAUCACUUUUUGGAACACUAGAAUAGAUGAUUCAGGGUGUUACACCUGUCUCUUCAAUGCCUUCCCUGUCGGCUCCUUCUCGGGACGUACCUGCCUGAGUGUCUUAGGUCUCAAUGCAUCUGUCCAUUACAACACUUCCGAAGGUCAUUCGAUAGCCAUCUGUAAUGCUGUUGGCCUCCCAGAGCCCACCGUCACCUGGAACAACUUGUUCAAUACUACUCCUACACAGGACAUAGUCAGGCACACCAAUGGGGUAGUGUCCGUCACCAGUAAACUGGAGAUCUACAAUGCUCGGAGCAUCGGUGACUUGACCUGCAUAGUAAGAAACGUGAAUGGAAAAAUGGAAUUGCCCGUGAAAAUAAAAGGAGAAGAGGGAUCCUCAUUGCUUUGGCUGAUGAUUGCUCUGGGGAUUUUAAUUGUCAUAGCUUCAAUUCUCAUCAUGCUGUGCUGGAGGAAGAGGAUGUGCAGGAGGGGUUGAAGUGGAUCCUAGAGGAUUUCCAUUCACCUACCAGAUCAUUACAGCCCAGCAGCCUGAAGUCAACAUUACAAGCAGUAACUUGACUGGCUGGAAAGAAACAGCAACAAAAUGGAAAUACGUCACACCUCUAGACCCUGAGUUGAUAAUGGAAAAGACUAGCACAAUGUUUGUUAUCCGGUCUAGACG